AUGGGCUCGCUCGAGUUCACUCACCAGCUCCACUGCCUCAACGCGCUGCGCAAGUACACUUACCGCGAGUACUAUGACGGGCGUGACCCGUUGUUCGACGCGCGCGCAGACACCAUCCGGGCACAUGCCGACCACUGCAUCGAGAUGCUGCGCCAGACGCUGAUGUGCCACGCCGACACCGGCCUGAUCACGUACGACUGGGUCGCGGGAUACAGCACGCAGUACCCGGACUUCAGCACGCGCCAUGUGUGCCGCGACUUUCCGCGCGUCCUGCGCUGGGCGUACGACCACCAGGUGGGCUCGCCCGAGGAGCGCGUCGUGCGUCUCGCGGACAACGUCGACCUCGCGGAGGAGCCGUAG